UCUCAUGAAGUCCACGUGUGGACCAAUCGUUUCCUUCCAUCAAGAAUCCACAACUCUGUUGCUUUCAUUCUCUCAAUGUAUCUUACCAGCUCUAGCCUCACUUCAGAAGAAACGAGGACACAAUGAUUUCUUUCGGUCGAAUUCCAUUUGCAUUGCUGGUGUUUUCAUUAUUCUUGCAGCGUAUCAGAGGCACCACCACAUGUUACAUGGCCAAGCCUGACCCUGCAGGAGGCAAAGGCGGGCAGCUGUUCGACUCUGGUGUCAAUUUUUCGGGCGUCAAGAGUUUUAACAUCGUAUAUGGGCCGGGAUACUCCGGGCCUCACUAUCUUAAGGCUACCAUCAGGCGAGUCUUCAUCACGUUCCAAGACGACGGUGUCUUCGACGACGACAUGAGGAACGAUCUCUACCAAGGUCAGCGUUUGUCUGCCAGCUCAAGUAAUGGGGAACUUUCUUUCAAUGUGGGUCCCGAUGACCCCAUCGUGAAGGUCACGGUUUGGACUGAUGGUACUUUGGCGAAUGCUGUGCAGUUCCAAGUCAAAUCCGGUUUUGUUUCCCAACUGUACGGAGCCCCUCCAGUUGAGGCCCAGCCACACGAGUUUCAGGGCGAUCAGUUGGUGGGUGUGUAUGGAGCGUUUGGAGACGCAAUGGACAGUCUUGGCUUUUCGUUUAUAUCCCAGUGUACUCAAGGCAGCGCAAACGGAGGAACGGGCAGAGCAACAUGCUCCGGUACGGAGAAAUCCCCAGGUUGUUUGGUAGCAAUCACGGCCACGUGAAUUCUAGUGGAGCUCUCUCCAAAUAGAUUGAGCGACGAGCGUUCUCGUCCGAAGCUGAUCGAGUAGAAAAUCAAGGGCAAAGACUGGCUGCAUACGACGCUAAACAACAAUCCAUAAAAUACAGUGGACAACUGGUUGCACCAUACCAAUACGUAGCCAAGCUGGAGUCUAGCUAGCUACCAGCAGCUAAUGCAUGGAAUCGAAU